AUGCGCACUUCUGGCGGCCUGCGGGGGCCGCUCAACCGGGAGGUCCCGCCUUCUGACCGACCAUUGGCCGGCUCCGCCAGCUCGCCCCUGAUUGGUGCCCGCGGGCCGGGCCCCUCUGCCUAUCAAAGUUGGCGGGAAUACCGGCCGCCGAGCGUAAUGGCGGCGGCGGCGGUAGCGGACUCCUUUUCCCGCGGCGGCUCGGCGGCGGUGAGGGUGCCGCGGUCAGCGCCGGUCAAGGUGCUGGCGGAGCAGCUGCGGCGGGCCUUCUCGGUUUGCGGCCUGGACCGGGUGCCGCGCGGGCGGCCCUGCCUCGCCCCAGGAAAGUAUGUGAUGGUAAUGGGAGUGAUUCAGGCCCACAGCCCUGAGCCGCGCCUUCAGGCUGUGAAGAUGACAGAUCUUUCUGAUAAUCCCGUCCAUGAAAGCAUGUGGGCACUGGAAGUAGAAGAUUUACACAGGAAUAUUCCUUAGAUGAUGCUGGAAGUGUCAUGAGAAACAACGGACAUUCUGAAAGGACUUAAGUUCUUAUACCAUGUGGAUUUCACGGACAUUAUUCAAUGUGUAUUUCUCAAAAGCUUUGCUCUGGUUCACCAAGGAGUCCAGAUGUAGGAUUUCUAAAUGCUGGGACACUCCAGUUAACUCAGCCCCUGCUGCCUCUAUGCUUUGACCACUGUUUGCUGAUGAAAAGCAGAUAUUUUGUUCUUUCUCUCUUUCUGUUUUGGUUUUUGUGUGUUAAUUCUCUCUAAAGCACACAGAAAUCUCAUGUUGCAUUUUUCAGAUUUUACUAGUGAUGAUACUUUUUUCGUUACUGCUGCAACCCUAUUUUAUGGUGCAAACUUUGAAUCUCAGUCAUUGUCCAUGGUGAUUAAAGUGUGGUUAUGGGCAGGAAAAUAGACUGUGUGAAAGAAGAAUGACAUCAUGGCCCCACAUCUUCUCCAUCAACAGCUUCCAUAUCCAGUGUGCAAGUCAAGUGGUACAGUGGCCUCUCAAAGACGCAUCUCUCUUUCAAACACCACUCAACCCUUAAAGUCCAUUUCCCUUAGAUGUGGGUGAUGAUAGGACUUGCUGAAAUGCUUUCAAAUUUUGUUGAAACUAAAGUUAAGAUUGAGAACAACUUUUAGGCAUUAACUCAGCUCCUAACUUCUGCCUCUUAACUUUUGGUGAGAUACUGCAAGGGAGCAUUCUCCUGGUGUAGAGUUCUACAUUUUGGUAUGGAAUUACUUUUUGUUGUGAUUGUAUUGAAUGUAGGGUUUCUGAUCUCUGCUUCUUACCCAACCCUCUUUACCCUUAGAUUGUAAAUGUCAAAGGAGGCAAGUUUUGUUCCAACAUGGCUGUAGCGUUUUGCUGGAUUAUUGAUCUUCUACCACUAAUAAAUUGUUUUAUAUGCUGUA